AUGAGAACAUUGGAAUGGGAUAACAUCGGAGUGAAAAUCGAUGGUCGACGGUUACACCAUCUUCGCUUUGCUGAUGACAUCAUCCUCAUAACACCAAACAUUGGCCUGGUGGGACGUAUGUUUGACGACUUUGAUAAAGCCUGUGGAAGGUUUAGUCUUCGACUAAAUGUCACAAAAACGAUGUUCACGAAGAACGGAUUGCUUUCGCAUACCCCAUUGACGCUCACCGGAACGAAUAUCACCGAAUGCUCCAGUUAUCUAGGGCGACAAAUCAAUAUGAUGAACGACCUAGCUCGAAAGCUCUCUGUCAUGUAUUAUAACGGACUUUAUACUCAGAAUGUACCUCGACUGCAGUUUACGAUCGUGCCCGAACCGCUAACACAAGCAAUUGGCAUUCACAUUGCAGGACAUGAGGGUUGGACAUUCUGCAAUGGUUUACCGAUGUACUUGCUUGAGGAAUCCAGAGGUAGGUAG